GCGCUACCUCAAAAGGCUACUUGUGGCUCGCUUUGAAAAUACCCGAAGAAGGAUGAACCGGAAGCAACCAUUUUCUGCAGAUGUUUUGAACCAAAAUCGUGCAAAAUCAAAACAUCUAAAUGUGAAAUCAAAUGUUUUAUUUUCUCAUGCAGUGGUUGGACAUUAUUUCUCUACUCUACCCGGUUUUUCUGUAAGUGUCUCGCCCAACGCGAUCCCCAGUCAUCAUGGACAGUCACAGUGAGGUAUCAGACCUCGACCCAGCCCCUGGCCCUGAAAGACCUGUAGGACCCAUGAUGGAGGGGGACAACGCACCUGUCUACUGUGUAUCAGACCUCGACCCAGCCCCUGGCCCUGAGAGACCUUUAGGACCCAUGAUGGAGGGGGACAACGCACCUGUCUACUGUGUAUCAGACCUCGACCCAGCCCCUGGCCCUGAGAGACCUUUAGGACCCAUGAUGGAGGGGGACAACGCACCUGUCUACUGUGUAUCAGACCUCGACCCAGCCCCUGGCCCUGAGAGACCUUUAGGACCCAUGAUGGAGGGGGACAACGCACCUGUCUACUGUGUCUGUCGCAAACCUGACAUCAACUGCUUCAUGAUUGGUUGCGACUGCUGUAACGAGUGGUUUCACGGUGACUGCAUCGGCAUAUUGGAGAAGGCAGCUAAAGUCAUUCGGGUGUGGUACUGUGAGAAAUGUCGCGCCAAAGACGGGACCCUGGAGAUAAAGUAUCGUCCCAAGAAGACCAAGGAGAAGACGGAGAAGGAGACGGGAGACCAGGAGAAGACCGAGAAGGAGAAGGAGACGGGAGACCAGGAGAAGACCGAGAAGGAGACGGGAGACCAGGAGAAGACGGAGAAGGAGACGGGAGACCAGGAGAAGACAGAGAAGGAGAAGGAGACGGGAGACCAGGAGAAGACCGAGAAGGAGACGGGAGACCAGGAGAAGACCGAGAAGGAGACGGGAGACCAGGAGAAGACCGAGAAGGAGACGGGAGACCAGGAGAAGAUGGAGAAGCAGCAUCACACUCUAGACCUGAAUAUAGAACACCGCCGAGGGUCCCGGGUGAAGCGUUCCGCCCGUAUGUGUGGAGAGUGUGAGCCGUGCAGGAGGACUGAGGACUGUGCUCAGUGUGAUUUCUGUAAAGACAUGAAGAAGUUUGGAGGACCCAAUAAGAUCAGACAGAAGUGCAGACUCAGGCAGUGUGACGUCCGAGCUCGGAAAAUGCUUCGUGUAAAGGAUGAGGAGUUUGCCCUGUCUGUUCGGGGGGCCAGAGGGAGUCUGAGAAGAGGAGGGCCUCUGUUUGAUGACUACAGUGAGAAUGAGAUGGAGCUCUACCAGCAAUACAAGGCUGCAGGCUACGAGGAUAACAAUAUGCUAUGGCAUAGUGAUGAUGAGGAAGCGGCCUUUGACCCCGUGCAGAGGAAGAGGGCUGUGAAGGUCAAGCACGUCAAGAGACGAGAGAAGAGAUGGGACAAGAAGGACAAGAAAGAGAAAGAGGUGCGUCGCCACAAGCAGAAGCAGAAGCAUCGUGAGCGAGUGAAGCACAGUGAGAGGGGUGGCGGGGGCGGUGGCGAGGCUCGGGGGGACGGUGGUGGAGGAGGAGGAGGUGGGAUGAGACAGUGUUUGGGACCAGGGUGUGUGGAGGUUGCCAGGGCCGGCUCCAAAUACUGCUCAGAGGACUGCGGCAUGAAACUGGCUACCAAUCGUAUCUAUGAGAUCUUGCCUCAGCGGAUACAGCAGUGGCAGCAGUCUCCCUGUAUAGCCGAGGAGCAAGGCAAGAAGCUUCUGGAGCGAAUCAGGAGAGAUCAGCAGUCAGCCCGCCUGAGACUCACGGACAUGGAGAAACGCUUCCACGAGCUGGAGGGGAUCAUCGCCAAGGCCAAGCAACAGGUGGUGCAACAGGACGAAGAGGUGAAUGAGGCAGAAGGGGACACAGAUACAGACCUGCAGAUAUUCUGUGUGUCCUGCAGUCACCCCGUCAACCCCAAGGUGGCGCUAAGACACAUGGAGAGAUGCUAUGCCAAGUACGAGAGCCAGACGUCUUUUGGCUCCAUGUACCCCACACGCAUCGAAGGUGCAACCAGAUUGUUCUGUGACGUAUACAACCCACAGAGUAAAACCUACUGUAAGAGACUGCAGGUGUUGUGUCCUGAACACUCAAGAGACCCGAAGGUUACUGUGGACGAGGUGUGUGGCUGUCCCCUGGUGAGAGACGUCUUCCAGCCCACAGGAGAGUACUGCCGGGUGUCGAAACGCAAGUGUAACAAGCAUUACUGCUGGGAGAAACUGAGGAGGGCUGAGGUGGACCUGGAGAGAGUCAGAGUGUGGUACAAGCUGGACGAGCUCUUUGAGCAGGAGAGGAACGUCCGAACAGCCAUGACCAAUAGAGCAGGUCUCCUGGCCCUCAUGCUGCACCAGACCAUCCAGCACGACCCUAUAACCACCGACCUCCGCACCGCCAAGGAUAGGGGAUUGGACAGGUGAACUACAGACCCCAGAUGACCAAGCCUCAGAACCAUGUGGAGACGUCAAAACUCAUUUUGAAUAAAUAUUAACUGAUUUAUCGGU